UUUUUUAUCGCCUCAACUUUGACACAUUGUAACUCGAUACGCAGUUUCUCCCAAAACAUUUCAAUAAUUUUUGUGCUUCCGGAGACCACUGAAAUAUGAAAUAUUUGCAACGGAAUUCGGAGAUCGUUUUGUGACUUGUCGUAUAUAGCAAGAAAGACGGAGAUGGACCCACAUUUAGAAAAUCUGGAAACAAUUUGUCGAAUAUGCCUUCAAUGUAAACAAACGAACAGUUUAGCGUUCCAACAUGAUAACAUGGAAAUUACCACCGAAAUCUACGAAUUUUCCUCGAUUUACAGUUCAGUUACGAUUGACUCGAGAACCAUUUCUUUGAUCGACAUAAUGAGAUUGUGUCUGUCACACAAGCUGUCUGACGACAAGGAUAUUCCGCAAACGGUCUGCAGUCCUUGUGUGCGUCGACUAAGCGAUUGUUGCGAGUUAAAAUUUCAAGUCGAACAAUCGGAACAGUUUCUGUUGAACGUUGUGUCGAAUCGAAUGUUCAUGGGACUGAGUGACGAAUGUUUGGAAAUCAAUGACGAACAGUCGAUUAAUUCAACCGCAAUCAUAGACGCAAUCAAUUCCGCACCGAACGAUUUAGAUCCUUCUUAUAAUGACAUCGUCGUCGAUAAACUAUUGGAUGACAAAGUUGCGACUCGUGUGCCGAUUGCUGAUACUGUGCCGACAGCCAAAGCAGCAAAGGACAAGCUAAACGAAGAACAUUUAACGAAAAACACGCACAAUUGUCUCAUUUGUUCGAAAAAAUUCUCAACGUCGGAAAAACUGGACCAUCAUUUGGCCAACCAACAUCACGUACGGAACGACCGGAACGUUAACAAGCCACAUCAGUGCGACGAUUGUCCGAAAAGCUAUACGACCAAGGCGAACUUGGUGCUACAUCGAGCUGUUCAUUCAGGCAUCAAGCCAUUUAUCUGCGAGAUCUGCAAGAGAGGUUUCUACAAGAAAACAUCUCUGAGUACGCACCAUUCCAUCCACACCGGGAUUCGGGAGCAUUUGUGUACCGCGUGCGGUCGUAGUUUCACAUCGGCAAAUAUUUUACAGCAACACAAACGUACGCAUUCUGACGUUAGACGAUUCAUAUGCUCGGUUUGUUCAAAAGGAUUUCACACAUCUAACGAUCUGCGCAUUCACUUUCGAUCGCAUUCCGGGGAAAAACCGUACCUCUGUGCGCAUUGUGGUCGAAGAUUUUCGCGGGUAACCCACCUGAACAUACAUUUAAGAACGCACAAUGGUGAAAGACCCUACCGAUGUCAACUAUGUCCAAAAGCAUUCGCACAGUCGGGGGAUUUGAAGGCUCACGAACGUAUACACAAUGGCGACAAGCCAUAUGCCUGUAAGAUCUGCCACAGAAGGUUCAACCAAUCCAGUGGAUUGAGUUCCCACAUGAAGUCGCACACCAACGAACGGAACUACGUUUGUUUUUGCGGUAAAUCGUUUACACAAUCGAGCAGCUUGGCUAGACACGGGAAAUUGCAUCGUCGCGCCGACUCGGCUACUGAUGUCAAGAAAAACGAUUUUGUUAUUUCAUCAACGUAACACACUCAUUUAUAUUGUAUAGUCUCCAUUCGCAACGAAAGUUAUAAAAUUCCAUUCGA